AUGAAGUUCGCCACAACCGCUGGCAUUAGUGCCAUUCUGAUGGUGGCGGCGGCGGCGGCUCUCCAGCUGGCGGCCAUGGUUUCAGCUGCCGAUUACCCCAAAGCAGAAACCGUGUGGUGCGCCAAAACCAGCCGAUGCUCCGACGCUUACGUCGACUGCCCUGCCGAAUGCGCUUCCACCACAACCCCAAACGCCAAGGGCAAGCGGAAGCCGAACUGCGACGCGCCAGGAUCAGCCUGCUACGACCCACGCUUCGUGGGCGGGGACGGCAGGGUGUUCUACUUCCACGGCAAGACCAACGAGGUCUUCACCUUGGUCUCCGACCCAAACUUCCAGAUCAACGGCCGAUUCAUCGGCCACAGGCCCGCGGGCCGACCCCGCGACUUCACGUGGAUCCAAUCCCUCGGAGUCCUCUUCAACACCCACAAAUUCACCCUCGAGGCCACCAAGGCCGCGACAUGGGACAGCGAGGCGGACCACCUCAAGUUCGCCUACAACGGGCAAGACAUCUCGAUCACCGAAGGCUCACUCUCGUCCUGGUACUCCCAGGACAAGGACAUCAAGGUGGAGCGCGUCUCGAGCAAGAACAGCGUCAUCAUCUCCAUCAGGGACAAGGCAGAGAUUCUGGUCAAUGUCGUCCCCGUGACUAAAGAAGACGACAGGGUACACAAGUACAAUGUCCCCCAACACGACUGCUUUGUCCAUCUCGAGGUCCAGUUCAGAUUCUACAAGUUGUCCCCAAGAGUUGAGGGAGUGCUGGGCAGGACUUACCAGCCGGACUUCGAGAACACGGUCGCGAGGCCCGGCGUGGCGAUGCCGGUGAUGGGAGGGGAAGACAAGUACAGAACCUCGGACCUUGUCUCUGCGGAAUGUGGUGCUUGCAUCUUCUCAGAGGCAGAGGAGUUGAAGAAGCAGGGGAAUGUCGUUGACUUUCCUACACUUGACUGCACCAGGGGAGCUGCUGCUGGGUAUGGGAUUGUCUGCAGGAAGUAA